AUGUUGAACAUUAUUUCCAACACGCUGAGGACGGCUGUUCAGAGAAAAGGAGCUGCAGGGGUGCUGUCAGCACAUGCAUACAGCAGCUUCACCUCUCACGCUACCUUUGAAAUAGAGAAAAGUGACCUCCACAAGCUGGAUGAGGGCCCAGCCACUCAGGUGGUUCUGACUCGUAACGAGGGUCUGCAGUACUACCGCACGAUGCAGACGAUCCGGUGUUUCGAGCUGAAGGCUGAACAGCUCUUCAAGCAGCAGAUUAUUAGAGGUGCCUGCCACCUGUACAAUGGCCAGGAAGCCUGUGCAGUUGGUAUUGAAGCAGAAAUUAACUUAAGCGACCACCUGAUCACUGCAUAUCGUACUCAUGGUUUUGCUUACACCAGGGGCGGGUCGCUUGAAGAAAUCAUGUCUGAGCUUGCUGGUAGAAGUGCAGGUAUUUCAAAGGGCAGAGGAGGCUCCAUGCAUAUGUUCGCUAAAACGUUCUAUGGAGGAAAUGGUAUUGUUGGAUCUCAGGUUCCCCUAGGUGCUGGUCUAGCUUUUGCUUGCAAGUAUCAGAACAAAAAUGAACUGAGUGUUUGUGUCUAUGGUGAUGGUGCAGCCAAUCAGGGUCAGGUUUUUGAAACCUUCAACAUGGCUGCUCUGUGGAAGUUGCCUGUCAUUUUUGUCUGUGAGAACAACAGGUAUGCUAAAGGUACGGCAAUAAAGCGAGUGUCUGCAAGCACAGACUUCUACAAGAGAGGAGAUUUCAUUCCUGGUCUCAGGGUGGAUGGGAUGGACGUUUUGUGUGUUCGUGAGGCAACCAGGUUUGCGGCUGACCACUGCCGAUCUGGGAAGGGUCCCAUUCUUCUGGAGCUUAAGACCUUCCGUUUUGCUGGACAUCAUGAGGGUGAAGAUCACCUGAGCUAUCGCUCACGGGAGGAGGUUGAGAAGGUCCGCAGAGAGAGCGAUCCUAUCUCUAUGCUGAGGGAGCGGAUGCUCAGCAACAACAUGACCAGCAAGGAGGAGCUUGAGGAGGUGGAUGUGGGUAUUAUUAAAGAAGUGGAAGAAGCUGCACAGUUUGCGAUUACAAACCCUGAACCCCCACUGGAGGAACUGUGUAACCACAUCUUCUGUGGCAGUCCAACCCUGGAGGUGCGCGGCACAAACCCAUGGACCAAGCUGAAGUCUGUUUAAAGCGUACAGACUCCUUCUUACUCCCACUGUAUACUCUUUCUCUGCAGCAUGCGACAUUUUAACACAGAUCCAAAAUGUAUGGAUCAGAUAUACACGCAGGGCUGAAUCAUGCAGGUUAAGUUUUCUGUGUCAACCAGUAAUGUUUAUUUUAAAAAUAAAAUUAUAAAUAUUUUUUCAUUGAGAAUGUUUUUGCUGCUGACAACACAAUGACCCUAAUGUACUUUAUCUGU